AUGGGUAACUCGCUAAAUAAAUGCACAGAUAGUGAUGAAUAAAUAAGUAAAAAAGUAGAUACUAAAAAGAGUGUGGCACAAUCAGUAAAGGGCUCAAUUAUAAAACCAAAUGUUAGCUUUAUAUCGAGGAAAGAACCUGUACUUGAUGAUAUUUAAACUUAGAUGUACGAAUCUGGUUUGAAAAAAGUGACUUGCGAUUCAGAUAGAUUGCAAGAAAAGAUAAAGUAGUGUAUAUUGCAUUUAAUAACUUUGAAUCAUAGAGUAAUAGAUCCUAUUGAUUCUGAAAAUAAUGUUUAUAAAAUUGAAGAUAUCGACACUGGUUUAUUUUUUGCUAUCAAGUUUAUAGAUCAAACAGAAAAGCAGUACAAGGAAUAAUAUGAAAAAUUAGAGGCAUUUCUUUAGGUGCAAGAUACUUAUUCUUUAGUCAGGAUUAUUGAAUACUCUAACAUCAAAAAAUAUGACAUAUCUUACAUGAUUAUGGAGCUUUGUGAGGACAAUUUAGAGAGCUUGAUUAAAUAGAAUAUAAAAUAUAGUUUGUAAGAGGCAGUAAAUAUUACCAUGAAGCUGAUUGGCAUGCUCAUAGAUAUUCAUUCCAGUAAUUUGGUUCACUUAAGCAUAGAGCCCAGAAAGAUUUUAAUUGAUGCAGAGAACAAUUUUAAGCUGAUUGGCUUUCCUUGCUAGAGAAUAAAGAGUUCAAAAAAAGAAAAAAAGAUGGAUUUUAUUGAUGGAGAUAAAUACAGCACGUUUAAGGCACCAUAAUAAUUGCAUAAUUAUGAAAAAGUUUAGCAAGUUUCAUUUAUUUCGAAUGUCUCUGGUGACGAAUUUAAAAUUUAAUCUUAGAACUUAUCAAUCAACUCUCAAAAAGACGGACAAGAAGACUUCAAAGAAGAAAUAGAUAUUUUUUCUAUGGGAUUGGUUAUCUUAUCUGUGAUAGGAGUUAAUAUCAACUACCGAACAGCUGAUGAAAUAAGAACAGGGAAUUUUAAUAACAUAAUUGACAUGAAUGAAUUAAAUCCUUUAGUUUCUUUUGUUAUUCAUACAAUGCUGCAAACUGAACCUCAACACAGAUAUUCAGCACUAAAGCUUCAAGCAGAAAUACUGAUUUACUUUUAAAAACUAAAUAUCGGCGAUAAUUAAGAUGAAAUUGAUAGAAUUGGAAAGUUUAUUUAAAAUGAAGAUUAACUAAUGGACAGUCAACUUAAUUUAUCUAAAUAUCAGAGCUUUGAUUUCGGAGAAAUUAGCAGAUCAGCAAUCAGAAGCAAGAGCAGAGCUAAAUUAAACGUUUCCCCUAAAAAAGCCUAUCUUUAAUUCAAUUACUAUUUAUAAUACAUCAAAAGUGACUAGUCAGAAAUAGCAAAAAAGGCCAUCAUUCUAGCUAAAAAUAUUGCUGACUUCAAAAGAGAAGAUCUUCUUUUAUUUGAGUACUACUUAGUUUACAGAAAAUGCUUCAUGGAAGGAUGGGUUUACUCACUUACAACAAGGAAUAUACUAGAAUAAAACUAUAAAUUAAGAUAGCAGAUUUUCUAAAAUUUAAUUUAAUAGCAAAGCAUCUUAGCACCUUCUUAUCAAAAAUACGUCGUAGAUAGCUUAAAUUCUUUAGCUACUUCAUUAAUUUAUUCUUAUGAGUCAUAAAGUUCAAUAUAGUAUUUAUUAGCAGCAUUGAAUUUAAGGAAGGUUAUUUAUUAAGAUAAGAACCAUUUUGAGAUAGCUUAUACCUUAAGUGAUCUAGGCGAAGCAUAUUGCCAAGGAAAAGACUAUGAACAAGCACUCUAGUACCACAUUUAGUCUCUCGAAAUGAGAAAAUAACUAUACAAUAACAAACCAAAUUAGUUUAUUGCUGAUUCUUUAUUUAAUUUAAGCAAAAUCUAUUACCUCACGAAUGACAUGGACUAAUCAAUUAAACUAAACACAGAAGGAUUGCAAAUGUCAGCAAGCAUAAUGGUCUAAACUGCAAAUAUUGAGCCUAUAAACAUGUUAUAAUUCUUAAACGAGCAGUAAAGAGUUGAAAUGAGUGAAUUACUCAUAAAGUGCUUUGCAUAUCCAAGAAUAAACCCACAUAAAGCUGAAAUAAUUUUAAAAAUCAUAAAAGAAUUCGAGGAAAUAAAUAAAUUUGAUAUUUGUAUUUUUUUUAAUUCUCAAAUGAUAGACAUUUACACCAGCUUAUUUGGAGAAAACAACUUCAAAUCCUGUUAAAGAAUUUAAAAACAAGGAGAAUAUUUUAAGAAAAAACUCAACUACAAAGAAUCCCUUGUAUAUACACAAAGAGCCCUCAAAAUUGCAAUUUAAUUAGACCUUCUUGCAAAGAAAGAGCUUUAAUCAGAAUAUGAAUUUCUUUCAAAAAAUUUAAAAAAAAGAUGA